AUGACCUUCUCACAACAAUCACCCCAUGAGAUGUGGGAAAGGGUCCAAUUAUCCGAUAAGAAAGUUGACGAUCAAGGCGAUACAGCGAGUUCCGGAGAAGAGCAAGGUCAAUCAGUUACCAGCAUAAUUUGGAACGCUGAUAACCCAUAUGCGAAGAACGAAGGCUCCUCACAAGAUGGAGAACGGAAAGACAUACAGCCACAGCGAGGUCUCUCGGCCUUGGAUCGAGUUCUAAGUAGGACUUCUGUUACGGAUAGAGAUCCCGGACCUCCUCCUGACGGUGGAUUCUGGGCUUGGGCUUCAGCUAUUGCUGGGCAUAUAGUGAUGCUGAACUCAUGGGGAUACAAUAGCUCCUUUGGCGUCUUUCAAACAUAUUAUACUACACAUCUCGACAACCCAGCAAGCCAAAUCUCCUGGAUAGGAUCAGUCCAAAUUUCCGCCCUAUUCUUUAUAGGAACUCUCUCGGGUCGUCUCACAGACGCUGGUUACUUCCGUAUCACAUUCGCUGCAGGCACACUCCUCACCUGUCUCGGUGUCUUUAUGACUUCUCUGAGCACGAAAUUCUGGCAACUCCUGCUUUCACAAGGUCUAUGUACAGGACUAGGUAAUGGUCUGAUGUUUACUCCCAGUCUUGCUGUUGUUUCUACAUACUUCAAGCGAAGAAGAGCGUUGGCUUUUGGAAUCACUGCUACUGGAAGUGCUACAGGAGGGUUGAUAUUUCCAUCUAUGGCUCGCCAGCUUCUCGGGAAGAUUGGUUUUGCUUGGACCGUUAGAGCUAUGGGGUUGGUGCAGCUGGUUACACUGGUCAUGGCGAAUCUACUCCUGAGACCUAGAAUACCGCCGAGGCAGUCGGGUCCGUGGAUUGAUUUAGCGUCGUUCAAGGAAAAGGGUUACUUUUUCUUUGCAAUCGGAAUUUUUUUCACAUUUUGGGGAACAUUCUUCCCGUUCUACUACCUUGCUUCUUUUGCAGUCUCACAGUUGGACAACCCUCUCACAUACUCAGCCGCUUUGAACGUUCUUCUCGUUGUUAACGGUGUCGGAAUCAUAGGCCGUUCACUCCCCAACGCCAUUGCACAUCACUUCGGAAGUAUAACAGUCCUCAUACCUGUCGUGUUCAUCUCAUCUAUUUGUUUAUUCACGUGGCCUGCAGUAUCCACAGAAGGGGGCCUGUAUGCAUGGGCUAGUAUCUACGGCAUUGUCGCUGGAGCAUCUAUGAGUUUGUUUCCUCCAGCUUUGUCAGAUUUGACGACGGAUGUGCACAAGACAGGUGUCAGGAUGGGCAUGAUAUUCACGACGAAUAGUAUCGCAACUCUUACUGGGCCGCCUAUCGCCGGUAUGAUUAUUAGACGCUCUGGAGGGCAUUAUCUGGGUGCGCAGGUCUUUGCUGGUGCUUCACUCUUUUUGGGUGGGGUGUUUAUCUUUAUGGCUAAGCGCUUCAGGGUGGUGGCAAACCAGGACCGAGCUACAUAG